ACCAGUGAGCAGAGUUGGUGUCACUCACUCUGGGAGCGGGAAGCAGGACAUCCUGCUCCCUGCAGCUCAACACGAGCAAUGGACAUUGACAAGGUCAACUCCAUGGACUUUGGAGAAUUUGUGGAUGUGUUUGGGAACGUCAUUGAGCGAUGUCCUCUUAUUGCAGCUGCCGUUUGGUCCCAGAGACCAUUCUCGGACGUGGAAGAUUUAGAGAAGCACUUUUUUGCCUUUAUUGAUGCUCUGCCACAGUCAGGCCAAGAGGGCAUCCUGCGCUGCCACCCGGACCUGGCGGGCCGCGAGCUGCAGCGGGGCACACUGACAGCCGAGUCGCAGCGGGAACAGAGCGGGGCCGGCCUGACAAGUCUGGGCGCGGCCGAGCAGCUCCAGCUAGCCGAGCUCAACGCGCAGUACCGCGCACGCUUCGGUUUCCCCUUCGUGGUCGCUGCGCGCCUCAGCGACCGGGCUGCGGUGCCGCGCGAGCUGGCAUGCCGACUGCGCUGCCCGCCGGCGGAGGAGCUGCGCACCGCCCUGGGCGAGGUGAAGAAGAUCGGCCGCCUGCGCCUCGCCGACCUCUUCGGCGCCGAUCCGGCUAGGCUGUAGCUUGCACACAGGCGGGGACUCGGGACGCGCGGCGAGAGGAGCGGGGCCCCGGGCCUGGAGCUGUGCGCCCUGGGCGAGAGGCUGACUCUGGCCUGGAACCAGCGUCCAAACACGCGCUCGCAGGAAGUGGAGAAUUGAGUCAAUCAUACCAGUAAUGAGCCCUUUUGUCCACUCGCCCACACGUGCACGCGCUGCCAAAAUAUAUAGUUUAGUGCUUUGCCCCAUGUAUUCACUCAAUUUUUCACUUCUUUUGCGGCCUGUUGACCCCACCAGCUUUUGAGGAUUUGAAAGCGCUUUUCCAGGUCUUGUUGGCUUCCCACUCUCUCCUGCUAAGCCUGAGCUGCAAAGCAAAACAGACGGAAAAGAAAACAUUUAUUCCACAGCGGUUUGUCUGUGGCGUCCCCCCCACCCCAAAUUUACGCGUGAGCAGAAGCGGCUUUCUCACUCUGGGGCACCGAGUCGGAGCUAGGAAAGCAAAGCACUGGCCUUGGUCUGGGGUGUGGGGGAAAGUCUCAGGAAGGGGCGGUGGCCCAGGAAGAGCCCCACGGAGGCCCAGCGUUUGGAAGGCGCGCAGGGGGGACGUGCGGAGUCGCUGCAGCCAUUGUUCACAGGGAGGGGUGUGCGGUGUCCGCGCUGGAUGGGCCUGACUGCCUGGAGCAGGUGGGCCCCUUGUCGCACUCGGUGGUCAGCUCUUGGGGGUUGGCUCGACUGUCCUGGGAAACCAAUCAGUUAUUAAAAUAAUACGACUU